AGGCUGGGAGAGCGAGCCGGAGAGAAGAGAGAGCCCGGCCAGACCCACUGCGAUGAGACAGCAGGACGCGCCCAAGCCCACUCCUGCAGCCCGCCGCUGCUCCGGCCUGGCCCGGAGGGUGCUGACCAUCGCCUUCGCCCUGCUCAUCCUGGGCCUCAUGACCUGGGCCUACGCCGCCGGGGUGCCGCUGGCCUCCGAUCGCUACGGCCUCCUGGCCUUCGGCCUCUACGGGGCCUUCCUUUCAGCGCACCUGGUGGCGCAGAGCCUCUUCGCGUACCUGGAGCACCGGCGGGUGGCGGCGGCGGCGCGGCGCGCGGCGGCGCGGGGGCCCCUGGAUGCAGCCACCGCGCGCAGCGUGGCGCUGACCAUCUCCGCCUACCAGGAGGACCCCGCGUACCUGCGCCAGUGCCUGGCGUCCGCCCGCGCCCUGCUGUACCCGCGUGCGCGGCUGCGCGUCCUCAUGGUGGUGGAUGGCAACCGCGCCGAGGACCUCUACAUGGUCGACAUGUUCCGGGAGGUCUUCGCUGACGAGGACCCCGCCACGUACGUGUGGGACGGCAACUACCACCAGCCCUGGGAACCCGCGGCGGCGGGCGCAGUGGGCGCCGGAGCCUACCGGGAGGUGGAGGCGGAGGAUCCCGGGCGGCUGGCGGUGGAGGCGCUGGUGAGGACUCGCAGGUGCGUGUGCGUGGCGCAGCGCUGGGGCGGCAAGCGCGAGGUCAUGUACACGGCCUUCAAGGCGCUCGGAGACUCGGUGGACUACGUUCAGGUCUGUGACUCGGACACAAGGUUGGACCCCAUGGCACUGCUGGAGCUCGUGCAGGUACUGGACGAGGACCCCCGGGUAGGGGCUGUUGGUGGGGACGUGCGGAUCCUUAACCCUCUGGACUCCUGGGUCAGCUUCCUAAGCAGCCUGCGAUAUUGGGUAGCCUUCAAUGUGGAGCGGGCUUGUCAGAGCUACUUCCACUGUGUGUCCUGCAUCAGCGGUCCUCUAGGCCUAUAUAGGAACAACCUCUUGCAGCAGUUUCUUGAGGCCUGGUACAACCAGAAGUUCCUGGGCACCCACUGUACUUUUGGGGACGACCGGCACCUCACCAACCGCAUGCUCAGCAUGGGUUAUGCUACCAAGUACACCUCCAGGUCCCGCUGCUACUCAGAGACGCCCUCGUCCUUCCUGCGGUGGCUGAGCCAGCAGACACGCUGGUCCAAGUCGUACUUCCGUGAGUGGCUGUACAACGCGCUCUGGUGGCACCGGCACCAUGCGUGGAUGACCUACGAGGCGGUGGUCUCCGGCCUGUUCCCUUUCUUCGUGGCGGCCACCGUGCUGCGUCUGUUCUACGCGGGCCGCCCGUGGGCGCUGCUGUGGGUGCUGCUAUGCGUGCAGGGCGUGGCACUGGCCAAGGCGGCCUUCGCGGCCUGGCUGCGGGGCUGCCUGCGCAUGGUGCUGCUGUCGCUCUACGCUCCCCUCUACAUGUGUGGCCUCCUGCCUGCCAAGUUCCUGGCGCUAGUCACCAUGAACCAGAGUGGCUGGGGCACCUCGGGCCGGCGGAAGCUGGCCGCUAACUACGUCCCUCUGCUGCCCCUGGCGCUCUGGGCGCUGCUGCUGCUUGGGGGCCUGGUCCGCAGCGUGGCGCACGAGGCCAGGGCCGACUGGAGCGGCCCUUCCCGCGCAGCCGAGGCCUACCACUUGGCCGCGGGGGCCGGCGCCUACGUGGGCUACUGGGUAGUCAUGUUGACGCUGUACUGGGUGGGCGUGCGGAGGCUUUGCCGGCGGCGGACCGGGGGCUACCGCGUCCAGGUGUGAGUCCAGCCACGGGGAUGCCGCCUCAAGGGUCUUCAAGGGAGGCCAGAGGAGACCCGCAGGGCCCCAAGCCACGAACUUGCUGGGUGGUUCUCUGGGCCUCAGUUUCCCUCCUCUGCAAAACGAGGGGGUCAGCCCAAGAUUCUUCGGUCUGGACUAUAUUGGGACUGGGACUUCUGGGUCUCUAGGGAGGGUAUUUAUUGGUCAGGGUGUGGGAUGUGAGGAGUGGAGGGGAAAGGGUCCUGCUUUCUUCUCGUUCUUAUUUAAUCUCCAUUUCUACUGUGUGAUCAGGAUGUAAUAAAGAAUUUUAUUUAUUUUC